CAACGCUCGCGUCGACCGCGAGAUUCUUACGAAUCAUGUCGCGGUUGACAACGAGUUGAAAACCGGUUCCGUGGUCGAGUUUGCAAAGGUGCUUGACCGCUUCCACAAGGAUUUUGGCGACAACCGAAACCAAUUCCUACCAUUGUAUGACAUUGCCCGAAGUACGGAGACGAAAGUGGAUGAGUUUGGGGCCUUUGCGGUUCUUUUGGCGAACCUGCAGGACCCGCCGGAGUACGAGUUUCUACUCCUCGUCUCGCUCACCGCAGCUAGUGGAUUCGCAUGGCCAAAGCCCCCCGAUCACAAAAAGUACGAGGAGCCGUACCAGAGCGAGUUUCUCGGAGACUGCAACACCCCGAAUCGCACUUCCCUG